UUAUCACCUGUCCGCCUCAUUGUUCCACGCGGCGCGGCUACGUAAUCUCUUCUUUCGUAAAUUAUCUUUUCUUUCGGUAGCUGCAUCGUAAUUCAUUCUCGCGAUCUCGCUUCGCUCCUCGUUCGAAUAAUACGCAAUUCGAAACAAUAUUCGAAGUAAUAAAAUUUUUCAACAGAUAAGCGUCUAGCUCCCAUAUUUUUCCCGAUAAAAUUCGGCGUUUGCGCGUUCACGUGUUAAACAUUAUUCCUUUAAUCCUUCUUUUUUUUAUCUUUUACGUAAUAGCGUCGGUAUCUGGGCAGUCGAAGGGUAUCUCGCGAUAUUGUGAAUAUGGAUUCGGUGGCUCAUGACGAACACCUGUGUUACACCUUUUUCCUCUUGAUAUCGAGCAGUUUUGUCGCAUUGUAACAUUUAACUUGCGCGUCCAUCGGCAUCCCGUCGCCGUCGAGGAAGGGGAGAAUCUCGUCUUUUUUCGAUCCGCGCCGUACGUGAGUCGACCGCCGUCUCCGCCACCGUCAAUCGACGCCGUCGUCGCCGCUGACGCCGCCGCCACCACCGUCACCACCACCGUCGCCACCACCGCCGCCACCACGGAGAUCAUAGUACCGUCGCGUACUUCGUAGCCGAGUAUCUCGAGUGUCCAGUGUCCCCGAAUCCGCGAAUGCGAAGUACGACCUGGACGUACCUCGCCGGCCGCGUUUCGUCACGAUGUUACUACUCGCGGUGAUUGCGCUCUUCCUCCUCGCCGGCACGACGACCGCCGAGGUCUUCACCAAUUCGUUCUUGGUGAAAAUGCGGCAGCCAACAGAGAGGCAUGUAGCCGAUCAAGUAGCGCUGAAAAACGGCUUCGUCAAUCUCGGACCGGUUCUGGGCAGCAGGACGGAGUAUCAUUUCGUACACAAGGCUUUACCGCACGCACGAAGCAAAAGGUCUGUGCCACACACGCGAAGAUUAAAGGUCGACCGUCUGGUGGAUACGGCCAUACAGCAGAUUGGCUUCAAGAGAGUAAAAAGGGGCUAUAAACCCUUGAGCGUGGACAAUCUCGUGCCGUUGUACGAAAUUAAGAAUCCCACAAAUCCCGGAAGCAAGGAUCCGACGGAUCCUUAUUUCAGGCUUCAGUGGUACCUGAAGAAUGUCGGGCAGAAUGGCGGCAAACCGAAAUUGGAUCUGAACGUCGAGGCCGCUUGGGCCCAAGGUGUUACGGGGAAGAAUGUGACGACGGCCAUCAUGGACGACGGUGUUGACUACAUGCAUCCGGAUCUCAAGUUUAAUUAUAACGCUAAAGCUUCUUACGACUUCAGUAGUAACGAUCCUUAUCCAUAUCCACGAUACACCGAUGAUUGGUUUAACAGUCACGGUACGAGAUGCGCCGGGGAAGUCGCAGCUGCACGCGAUAAUGAGAUUUGCGGCGUCGGAGUGGCGUACGAUUCGAAGAUCGCCGGAAUCCGGAUGCUGGAUCAACCGUACAUGACCGACCUGAUUGAGGCGAAUAGCAUGGGCCACGAACCCGAUCUCAUAGACAUUUAUAGCGCUUCGUGGGGGCCCACGGAUGAUGGCAAAACCGUAGACGGACCGCGUAAUGCAACCAUGCGGGCUAUUGUGCGCGGCGUUAAUGAGGGCAGAAACGGAUUGGGCAAUAUCUAUGUCUGGGCUUCGGGCGACGGCGGGGAAGAGGACGAUUGUAAUUGUGACGGAUAUGCAGCGAGCAUGUGGACCAUCAGCAUCAACAGUGCGAUUAACGACGGCCAGAAUGCGCAUUACGAUGAAAGCUGUUCUAGUACCUUAGCUUCUACCUUUAGCAACGGUGCUAAGGAUCCUAAUACGGGAGUGGCUACUACAGAUUUGUACGGAAAAUGCACGACGACUCACAGCGGGACGUCCGCCGCAGCACCGGAAGCUGCAGGAGUAUUUGCACUUGCUCUCGAAGCCAACCCGCAACUCACUUGGAGAGAUGUUCAGCACUUGACCGUCCUAACUUCGAAAAGAAAUUCUCUGUUUGACGCGAAGGACAGAUUUCAUUGGACUAUGAACGGCGUCGGGCUUGAGUUUAAUCACCUCUUUGGAUACGGCGUUUUAGAUGCGGGCGCUAUGGUAGCAUUAGCUAAAAAAUGGAAGACGGUACCGCCGAGAUAUCAUUGCGAGGCUGGAUCUAUGCGUGAAAUGCAGGAAGUCACGAGCAAUCGAUCGAUUCGCGUACAAAUUAAGACCGACGCGUGUGCCGGCACGGAGUAUGCCGUCAACUAUUUGGAGCACGUGCAAGCCGUCAUUUCUGUAAACGCGACUCGACGCGGCGAUCUUGAACUCUUUCUCGAAUCCCCGAUGGGCACAAAGUCUAUGAUCUUGAGCCGCAGAGUAAACGAUGACGAUCGUAGAGAUGGAUUUACGAAAUGGCCAUUUAUGACGACACACACUUGGGGCGAGUAUCCUCAGGGAACGUGGACGCUAGAGGUGAAAUUCAACUCAGAAACGCCUCAACGCGGAUGGCUGAAGGAAUGGACGCUGAUGUUGCACGGCACCAGGGAACCACCAUAUACGGGAUUGUCAGCGGCGGAUCCUCACUCGAAAUUAGCAAUUGUCAAAAAGGCCCACGAGGAGCGAUCGGGCGCGUACUAACGCUACCGACGGCUUUCGACGCGAUUAUCGCCGAUUUAGGACGAGGAAAAUGGGAAUAUUCCGAUCGGAAGAUGUUUACGCGAGCGCUCUCUUUCCGCUUUUCUCUGAUUUCUCGCGCCGCGCGACUUGACAAACAAAUUGUAUGCCUCUCGAUUUUGCAAAUUCGGUUGCGCGCCGGCCGCAUCAUCCGUGCCAAUCUAUCGUCGUAUGCUAUUUCCGCGCGCUGACUUAUCUCGUAUUGAAUCAUUAAAAGAGAAGCAGGUUUCGGUACUUUUCAUUGCAAUCGCGUUUGUCUAAUUCCAAUUACGGCGUCAGCUAUAAUUACAUAUCAAACCGUUUGUAGCAAAAUUUAUAUUAUUAAGAAACGGCGCGGGGAAGUGGGACCUUUUGCAUAGUCUUUAAUAUUGAAAUCUUUUUUCGAAACACUAACUACCGAAAAAUAAAUCAAUUUAUUAACUAUUUACUCUCGGAAACUUAAUUAAUAUUUGUUUAUACUUUUUGAGAAAUAUUAGGCAAAGACGUAAUAUAGAUUGUGAAUUAUACGUCAUUCUUUGAUGCACCUUUAGAAACUUUUUACUCUAUGAACAAGUGCUGAGCACUGAGCGGAAAAAAAUUAAUUUGUAUGUACGUGGGUUGAAAAAGCAUGGUCUGGAGUCUACGAUCAGCCCGAUAACGCUAUUAUUCGCUAUUUAUUAAUUCUAAUCUAUUAAUUUUAAUUAUUGUUACUAACAGCAAGCUCAGGCAGCGUGCGAUGUAAUUACUGAGAAGUGUCGUUUUGUUAAAGUCGUGUCCGCGUGGACAGCUUUCCGAAGAGUUCUCAAGUACGACGAUCGAAUCCUAAUGAUUGGGGCAACAAGCAGAUACGGAAAGAAGUUUACCAUGUAUUACUCAAAUAGCGGAAUAAAUUACUCUUCUGAGCGGAACGAUGAACUCGAGGCAUUAGCGUUUAAUGGAUGUUAUCGAAUCGAUAGCGUCUGCAAAAGAGUAUCCCGGGAACAAGAGUUUCGUGUAAUCAUCGUCGUCCUCGCGACUCGGUAAUCGGAAUAUUUGUCUUGUACCGAUGAAACUUUCAACUUUUAAUGAAAUUUGCCAACGCAGGCUGGUCGAGUUGGCCGGAAACAGUUAUUUGCAGAAUUACAUUCAACAUGUGAUUUUGCGAAUAAUCGCAUUUGACAAGUUUAACAGUGUAUCGUAAUAUCAUAAUCUAUAAAUAUCAACAUUUCUAUUCUUCUUCCUUUUGUACAAUUAUUUUAUUACUCGAUCGCGACUUACUUGAUGACAAAUAAAUAAUAAAAAACCUAUUUUGAUUUGAUGCGAGCGACGGGAAAGGGGGGGGGGACGAUGCGAGGACGUCUGUGAGGAACACGAGAACGCAAAAUACGGAUGCUACAAAAUCCGCAUGUGUAGACGAUGUACCUUAGAAUCGUAGCAAACAGAGAGUUUGAGCAUUACAUAAAAUUAAAUAAAUAUAAAUGCAUAUAUAAAUAAGAUAUGUGUAUAUUUACAUGUAUAUGUACGUACAGGGUGUCCCGUCCUUAUCGUAUUACUUCUAAAUCACAGAUUCUUUAAACAAUUUUGGGACAAGAAAUGCGAAAAUUUCGAGGUCAAUAGUAAUUUUUAGACAAGAAGCAAUUAAAAUUAAACAAUUGUAGUGGCUAGAAUGUGAGUUAACUUUAAUCGCUUCGUAUUUGAAGAGUAUUGUAACUUCGCGUAUUGAAAUUUUCGUCUUCGGAUUGCUUGAAAAGUUGCUGUAUAGUUGAAAUACAGCGCGACAGUGACGGGACACCGUAUAAAUAUAUAUACAUAUAUUUUAUAUAUAUCUUAUAUACAGAGUGGAACAUCUAUUUUUAUGACCUGGAGUGUCUCUAUUGUUCACACAGGACACUUUUCGAUGACUGCAUGCACAAUGGAGGUGUAAUCCAAGUCAGAAAAUUAAGUGCCCCGUCCUGUGUAUUUUAUAUAUGUAUAUCUCAUUACAUAUAUCUUACAGUUGAAAUGGAUUUAAUCAACUUUAUCGUGUAUGCGUUAAUAAGUGGAUGAAUAAAAUCUGUAUUUUUUGGCUGGCAUCGUUUU